CUUUUCUGCACUGACGGACGAACCAUCUCUCUCUCUCUCUCUCAGGGUCAGCUCUACUCCCCAGAAAAAUUCCUUCUCCGCCCACCUUCGUUAGUUCAUCACUCUCGCAGAAAGAACGGGUUCGCCAUCAAAUCACUGGUUCAGGGCGUAGCUGCGAGAAUCCUCCACUUCCUCCUCCUCAAUUAGAUCCCCUGCGGCCUAACUCCGCUUCUUCCUCCCGCGCUUUACCUGUGCUCACAGGAAGUGGUGCUCGACAUGAAUUGAGCUCGCCAGGCGGCUUUUGCGGACUCCGGAGUGCUCUGUUGCAGGGGAAAGCUUUCAAGCAACGCUCCAGAGAUGUGGACUAAUGUAUUCAAAAUUGGAGGGCUUCAUCAGCUUACUUGGUUCCAGUUUCUUCCCCUUGAAUCUGAUUUGAAUUCUCUAGCAGAUAAAAGUUUGAAGCUGGAAGCAAGGGAUGCUGCAACGUAUUUGGUUCUUUCAUCGCAUCUACAAUUGCAGAAGAAAGGAUUUCUUAGUACUUGGACAAAUUCUUUUGUAGGACCUUGGGACCCCUCUCAGGGAGUUCACAAUCCUGAUGAAAAGAUCAAGCUAUGGCUUUUUCUUCCGGGCCGCCAUUCAUCUAUUGCUGAGGCUGCACAAGCGUCAGUAUCCAAAUUAAGAGUUGUUGCAUCCGGUAUCUGGUUGUCUCCUGGGGACUCAGAAGAGGUUGCAGCUGCUCUCUCCCAAGCUCUGAGAAAUUGUAUAGAGAGAUCAUUGGGUGCCCACUCUUAUGUGAGAUAUGGAGAUGUAUAUUCAAAGUACAAUCCAUUCCAUAGUGAAGAAAUUUACAGGAGAGGACAACCGACAGUUGAAUUUGUCUUUGCUGCUACAGAGGAGGCAAUCUUUGUGCAUGUUAUAAUUUCUGCAAAGCAUGUACGGGCGCUUUCCUGUGAUGACAUGGAAAAAGUAUCGAAGCGCUCCAGUUCUGCUGGAAGACUUCCAGUGAUCGUUUCUCCUAAUGGUAUGCGUGGAAUGCUAACUGGAUGUUGUCCUGGCGAUCUUGUCAAGCAAGUCUACUUAAGCUCUGGCAAGUCAAAGGCUUCAAAUUCACUUGUUGGGUUACCUCCCCAUGUUUCUCAAGGAUUUAGCUGCCAACUGAGGGGGCAAAAUUGUUUUGCUGAAGUUACCAUUGGAAGCCCCAUAUCUGAAACUGACAGGGCGUCUCAAUCAGGCUUACAUACUGUUAAAAGUAUAGCUAAGAAUCAUGUUGCUGAAUCACCUGCUAAUGGAAGAGGAGAUCAGAAGGGUUCGCAAGAUCGGUUCGCGCAUGAGAAGACACUUGUUUACCCAGUCGAGGGAGUGCUUGUCCCAGUUCUGCAAACGUCACUGACUAGAACUUCCUUGAAAAGAUUUUGGCUGCAAAAUUGGUUGGGGCCAUCAAUGCAUGGUUCAUCUUUCUUCAUGCAUUGUGCCCCUCAGUUUGAUUCUUUUGAUGGAGCGCCCGAAACAAAUGGAGUACGUUCGCAGCAUAGUUAUUACAGUAGCAGCAAUAGUAAUUCUAGCAGCUUAAGCAGCAGUUCAAGUGAAACCGAUAACAGGAUGACUGCAAGAGGUGGUGAUCUUGAUGCUGAUGCUGAUUCUUUAACAUGUAAACAGUCGGAAAUAUCUUCAGCUGAUCAUUUGGCGAAUGAUCAUGUCAAAGCGGGGUCAAAACGUUCUCGAGCAGCUGCUGUACAAGAUGGGUAUAAGUCUGAUUUUGGUUCUUUAGAAGUUAAUGAUUCAGCAAUUACAGGAAUUGCUACUGAGCAGAUAGGAUCUCAUUGGGAUUGGGACGAUGAUGAUAGAGGUGUAGGCACAGAUAUCCAAGCUCUACUAUCCGAGUUUGGAGACUUUGGUGACUUCUUCGAAAAUGAUGCUUUGCCCUUUGGAGAGCCCCCAGGAACUGCAGAGUCGCAUGCUCUUAUGUUUUCUGGUUCAGAUUUGGGAGUAGGUAGCAGUCCUGUUGGUGUUAUGGACGUUUCAGAUGAGAUGCUUCUGCCUGUCGGAUUUUCAUCCUUUGAGAGCUUCAACCCUCCGCCAGCAGUUACUGAGGAAUGUAUUAGUAAAAGUCAAGAGAUUACCACUAAUUCCUUACCAUCGGCUCCGAUUCCUAACACUCCGGUGUCUACUUCUGGUGAUUUUGACCAUCUAAUUAAAGCCGAAGCAUUUAUGACCUUUGCGCCAGAGUAUGGAGCAAUUGAGGCUCCAUUAAGUGAUAUUUCUUCACCAAUUUUUAGAAGCCCUUAUCUGCCUAAGUCUCGCAAUGUGGAGAGUGCGAAUUCUAGUACAAAUAAUUAUAGAUAUGGAGCAACACCACCAUCUUCUCCUCGUGUCAUUGGAUCUGAUGAGAAGAGCAGCUUGCCUCUGACCUCAAAAAAUUAUCAAGGCAGGCAUGAUUUGGGCGCUGCCCAGCACUCAAAAAAUUAUUAUACGCAUGUGGACGGCAGGAAAGUACCAGAUGGGAAGAGAUCUAAUGCUACUUUGGAGGCUGCUCAAUCUUCAGUUUCAUUCUCUAAUAUGAGUUCUACAAAUGCCGUAAAAUCUGUCCAGAGAAGAGUGAGUGAAGGCACUUCUGAACUGGACCACUUCCUGCUUUCUUCAAGGAUUGCAAUUGCUAUGGACAUUGAAUGCUUGCUGAUCCAAUCUUAUAUGUGCAAGGCACGACACACAUUGUUAUCUUCUGGUAGCACAUGUUCUAUAAGUUCAGGUAGGUUAACUGGUGGCAGCAUCUUAAAUACUCUGCCAGGUGAGCAAAGCACUUUGACGGAUAAUGUAUCUGGCAUGUAUGAGGUAAAGAAGAAAGAAUCCAUUCCAGUUAGAAUUGCUGGUGAUAUUGAUGGACUGCUAGAUGGGCACCUUAAUGCACCGGUAAAUGUUUGGCGCCCUGUUGGAGUUCCUAAAGUUCCCAAACAAAGUAAUUCUCCAGGUAUAGAAGUUAGUCCGUCAUUGCCCCACAACUCCUAUGGUGAGGAAGGUAUCCUCUCCUAUGGGCAAAGGCAGCCUCUGCAGGAGCUUCUUGAUGGGCUACCAUUGCUAGUCCAACAGGCUACUUCCUUUGUGGAUGUCACUUUGGAUGCAGAGUGUGGUGAUGGACCUUAUGGUUGGCUUGCAUUGGAAGAACAAGGGCGUCGUGGGUUUUGUUGUGGACCCUCCAUGGUACAUGCGGGCUGUGGUGGUACCUUGUCAUCGUGCCAUUUUCUUGAUAUUGCUGGUGUGGAGCUGGUGGACCCACUUUCUGCUGAUGUUCAUGCAUCAUCAGUGCUUAGUUUGCUGCAAUCGGACAUAAAAUCAGCAUUAAAAGCUGCUUUUGGAAACUUGGAUGGUCUGUUUGGCCAAAGAAGAAACUUGGAGGGUCCAUUGACCAUCCAAGAUUGGUGCAAGGGACGUAGUCAGGCAGCUGAUUCUGGGAACCUGGGGGAUGGAUUUUCGGCAGAAUCCAGCGUAGGUGAUUGUAGAGAUCAUUCAAGUACUUUGACUCUUUCUGGUGGAGAGCCAUUCAGCCCAUGUGUAUCUACUGCAGUUGCAUCUUCCAACCUAAAGGGAUCAAUUGGAAUGGAUGGUGGUAGAGCUGAUGAUUUAAGUCAAAGGAGAUCGAGCCAAGAAAGCAGUUCAGAGUCUGAGCAGCAAUUUAGCUCUCGACGGAAGCCGACACUUUACAUUCUUCCUUUCCCUGCAAUUCUUGUCGGGUAUCAGGAUGACUGGCUUAAGACAUCAGCAAGCUCUCUACAAUUGUGGGAAAAGGCUCCUCUCGAACCAUAUGCUCUACAAAAACCUAUUACUUACUCCGUGAUUUGCCCCGAUAUCGAUCCACUUACUUCUGCUGCUGCUGAUUUUUUCCAACAACUUGGGACUGUUUAUGAGACAUGCAAGCUUGGGACGCACACACCUCAGACUCUCGGAAACCAAAUGGAGAUAGACUCUGGAAAAUCUUCGACUUCUGGUUUUGUUUUCCUGGAUUGCCCUCAAUCGAUGAAGAUGGAUAGCAGCAAUGCUUCUCUUGUGGGAUCAAUAAGUGACUAUUUCCUUUCUUUGUCCAAUGGCUGGGACUUGACGAGCUAUCUUAAGUCCCUCUCAAAGACUCUCAAAACUUUGAAACUUGGUUUUAGCAUGCCAACAAAUCCCAAAGAAGGAAGCAGUGGUGCUUCAAUGGUGAUCUAUGUCGUGUGCCCCUUCCCUGAUCCUAUGGCAAUUCUCAAGACAGUAAUUGAAUCGUCUGUUGCAGUGGGAUCGGUGGUUCUCCCAUCAGAUAGGAGAGCUGCAUUACACAAUCAGGUUGGGAAGGCACUGAGCUGCUCAGCAGGUGUUGACGAAGCAUCAAUAUCCAACAUUCUGGUUCUUUCAGGGUUCAGUGUUCCUAAGGUAGUCCUUCAGAUUGUGACAGUUGAUACUAUAUUCAGAGUUACAAGCCCAACUCUCAGUGAGCUCACUGUUCUUAAGGAGACAGCUUUCACUGUCUACGGCAAGGCUCGGCGAAUUUCUCGAGGAUCUUCCCCUGACGUUCAGUCAUCAUCCUUAUCUUCUAGAUCACAGUCGAUCCUGACCCAAAUGACCUCUCCUAUGUCUUCAAUGUGGAAAGACUGUGUUGGUCCUCGAAUGAGCGGGCCUUCCCUUCCCAGGGAGGGUGAAAUGGAUGCCAAUAUGAGGACUGCUGCUUGGGAGAAUUCGUGGCAAACAAGGACUGGUGUAUUAAGCUGUGAUAUCAGUAGAAGCGGAGAUUUUCCAUUCCACGAGGAAACCCACUUCAUGUUCGAACCUCUCUUUAUUCUAUCUGAACCUGGUUCUGUAGAGCAUGGAGUUUCCCCAGCAGCGUUUGGUGGUUCCAUCUCUGAAUCCUCAAAACCUCAGUCAGAUGAUAAUACUGGAAGUUACUUGCAUCCCGGGAGUUCAACAGGAACUGUAGAUACGGGAUCUAGCUCUCAAAUGGAUGGAUCUGAGCCUGAUAUCUAUGGUCCAGGCCAUCAAAAACUCCCGAGCAUACAUUGUUGCUAUGGAUGGACAGAAGAUUGGCGAUGGCUAGUUUGCAUAUGGACCGAUGCGCGGGGAGAAUUACUUGAUAGCCAUAUUUUCCCUUUUGGCGGAAUCAGUAGUAGGCAGGACACAAAGGGUUUACAGUGCUUAUUUGCACAAGUUCUACAGCAAGGCUGUCAAAUUCUUCAGGCAUGUUCCUCUGAUAAUAGUGCCGUGAAGCCCAGAGAUUUUGUGAUCACCCGCAUUGGAAGCUUUUACGAACUUGAAUACCUAGAGUGGCAGAAAGCCAUUUAUUCAGUUGGAGGAGCUGAGAUGAAGAGCUGGUCCCUGCAAUUAAGGCGGUUUGGGUCUGACGGAAUCUCCACAGGCAAUAAUGGUGCCUCAUUGCAGCAGCAGGAGAUGAGUUUGAUUCAAGAGAGAGGUCUGCCUUCCUCACCAAGCCCUCUUUAUAGUCCUCACUCGAAGACAUCAGGAUACAUGAAAGGUUCUCUGGGCCAACAAACUGCUAGAAAGCAGCUGAUGGGUGGACAAGCAGCAGCUGAUGGGGCAAGAGGGUUGCUCCAGUGGGUGCAGAGCAUCAGCUUUGUUACAAUCUCGGUUGAUCACUCAUUGCAUCUAGUUCUUCAAGCAGAUUCGACGUCUUCAGGAGGGUCUCAAAUGGGGUCCGGUACGGGACCACCACCAAGCUACCUCGAAGGCUUUACUCCUGUGAAAGCACUUGGUUCGGCAUCUGCUUCAUACCUUCUAAUCCCAUCACCGAGCAUGCGGUUCCUCCCUUCCACCCCUCUCCAGCUUCCCACAUGCCUCACUGCUGAGUCUCCUCCACUGGCCCACCUCCUCCAUAGCAAGGGCCCCUCGAUCCCUUUAUCCACUGCCUUUGUGGUCUCAAGGGCUGUCCCUUCAAUGAGGAAAGAUUUUCGGGGCAACUUGAAGGAAGAGUGGCCUUCGGUUCUCACAGUUGGCCUCAUUGACCACUAUGGAGGUGGUAACAGUGGUAACCACCACCACCAAGAGAAGAUGGGAAGAGGUGGAAUCAAGCAAAGAAGCAUAAACCCCGAGCCUAGAGAUUUCGAAGUGCAGACCCAUUCAGUUCUCGAGUCUGUAGCAGCAGAGCUUCAGGCCCUCUCGUGGAUGACUGUUAGUCCUGCAUACAAAGAACGGAGAACCGCCCUUCCCUUCCAUUGCGACAUGGUAUUGCGGCUGAGGCGGCUCCUCCAUUUCGCGGAUAAGGAGAUCUUCUCACAGCAACAGGAGAAGUCAUAGUCAAGCUAAAGGUGUGAUAGAGGUUUGCGUCUUUUCUCUCCUCAGGCCCUUAAAUUAGCAAAUCCUGUACAAUGAAGUAGUUGGUAGUAUUAUAACUAUCUACAAUACAUGCAUAGUUAGCUUAGCAGCUGAUUUAUCGUGCCUUCCCUAGUAAAGCACAAUGUUUAGGGGAAGAGCCGGGCUAGGACUGAAGAGUUUUUUUACAUUUAACUUAGGAUUACAGGUAUAUUAUGUAAGAUCAGCUUGUUCGACACAAAACUGUAAAAAUCGGUAGUUCCUGCUAUGUUCUGCCUAAUGGAAACCCUUGUCGGUAACGUGCACACUGGAAAA